AUGGCUGACGACGAAGCUUGGACAAGCGGCGAAUCUGAGCCAGAGGAAAGAGACCCUGACGAUGAAGAAACAUAUGGAGCAGACACUGACUAUAGAAAGUUCGGAUUAGGUGUUACUGGAGAUAUUGUCGCCCACUUCUUAGAACCGUACCAUCGUCAGGGUCGCGUUGUGUAUGUUGACAAUUGGUACACAUCUCCUGCCUUGGCAGAAUUUUUGCAUGACCGAGAUACUGGUCUGUGUGGGACAGUAAAAGCAAAUAGAAAGGGAAUGCCGAAACUGGAAAAUAAGUUAUCACGAGGACAAAUACAAGUUGCUCACACUGACGUCUGGAUGGCAAUGAAAUGGGAGGACAAAAGAAGUGUGCGUAUGUUGUCAACUGUGCACGAGGUUGAUUUUUGUCCAACUGGCAAGAAACGUCGUAGCACAGAUGAGGAUAUCAUGAAACCAACGUGUAACUACAACUAUAACCAAAAUAUGGGAGGUGCAGACAAUGUAGACAGACAACUAUCCAUCACUGAAACUGUACAAAAAACAAUGAAAUGGUACCGCAAACUAUUUUUUCACCUAGUAGAUUUGUGCCUCUCAAACGCUCACGCCAUGUACAAAAUGAGAAAUGCAGGACCUGCUCCAUUUCCAGUGUUUUGA